GUCCCACAGUCGUCCGCCGAGAUAAGAAAUGUUCGGUCGUGUGCCCGCGUGUUCAUUAUUAGCGAGUCAACGUGUAUGAAAUAAAUUAUUGUUAUUGGGAUGCUUGAAACGGCGGCUGACAUGUUUAGAAAAAUAUCACGGAGUGUGGGAAUAGAAUGGGCUCCUCUCAACGUGCCCAUGUCGCGGCGUCUCCAGACCCUGGCCGCAACCGCCUGGGUGUGCUUGGCGCUGUUCGGGCAAGGCACGCUGCUGUACCUCUUCCUCACAUUGCUGUACUCUGAUUACUGGUGGCUUGGAAUACUGUACGCUGCUUGGAUGCUAAACGACAUUGACGUAUGCCACAAGGGUGGUCGAACAAUACAGUGGGUCAGAAAUUGGGGCUGGUGGAACUAUUUCCGCGAUUACUUCCCUAUCAAAUUAGUCAAGACGGCAGAUUUGGAACCAUCCAAGAACUACCUCUUCGCUUGCUACCCUCACGGAGUAUUGUCGUCGGGAGCGUAUUGUUCAUUUGCCACGAACGCUUUAAAUUUCCACAAGUUAUUCCCGGGCUUGACGCCUCACUUAAUAGUGCUUGGGGGACAUUUCUUGUUCCCGUUCUUCAGGGAUUUAAUUCUUUCCUUAGGAACCUGUGCAUCGUCACAGGAGAGCUUGCUCCACCUACUGAACCCGAAGAGGUUUCAAGGGAAUUGUGUGGCUAUAAUGGUAGGAGGAGCCGCUGAGGCGCUUGACUCGCAUCCUGGAAAGUACAAAAUCAUUCUCAGCCGACGAAAGGGAUUUAUUCGCAUCGCUAUGAAGUCAGGAGCGUCCCUUGUACCCGUUUUUUCGUUCGGUGAAACUGACGUUUUCCGACCUCUCAAUAACCCCGAGAACAGCCUGCUGAGGAGGAUACAAGAAAAAGUGCGUCAGAUAACUGGAGUGUCGCCGGUCUUCCCUCUUGGGAGGGGCAUGUUCCAGUAUUCGUUCGGGGUUGUACCUCUCAGGAGUCCCGUUACAACUGUUGUGGGUGCUCCGAUGGAGGUGACGAGGAACCUGGAGCCCACAGACGAGGAAGUGGAUGAGGUCCACGCGGAGUUCACGAAGCGACUCGUCCAGCUCUUCGAGAACGAGAAGUCCAAGUACUUGAAGAAUCACGAGGAAGUGCAGCUUGUUAUCACCUAGUUGAAUUUAUAUCACAAUGAAAUUUUUCGGCACAAAGUAACUGUUAAUUGUUGAGUCUAGGAAUGUUUUACAAUGAACGCUUUUAGUGAUAGUGUUCCAUCAUCAUCAUCCGCAACAGCCCACGGCUGGACGAAGAUCUCUCUUAAUGCCGGCCACCGAAUAUUGAGCUCUGUUAUUUUCUAAAAUGAUCAAAAAAACUUGUAUGAAAAAAAUAUUGAAUUAGGUACCGUCUGAAACAGAAAAUAUUUAUCUUACGUUUGAUUCAUAUCUACAUCAGUCUCCAUUUAAUGUAAGCUUAUGUUCAUGGACAUCAUGCGGCUGUCGCGAUCAUGUGGAACGCUUAAAAACUUGAAAGUAAAAACGGACGUGUUAGCAAUGUAUGUGCCUUAAUUACAGACUGAUUAAUGUUAUCAUUUUACAUUAUUUUGUAUCGUUAGUCAUUUUUAUUAUAGUUUUAAUAAAAUU